UUCAGUGCAGUGUGUUGGCAUAGCACGACUACUAUGGCUCUCGUCCACUGAAUCAGAUAGCUUCAGUAAAAUAAGUCGUGAGUACAAAAGCCAGUUAGAAGUAAACCGAGGCCGCCAACUAUGGAUACGCAGAAGCCAUAUACCAUAGACCUAACAGCAGCGUGAUUUUAAUCCGGGGGCCUUCCAAAGCUUGCCAUUGACAAGGCAUGCAGAUAUACCCGGCCCCCGUGACCACACCCUCUCGUCCACUGUUUCAAUCUACCAGACAGGCCAGCCACCUUUGUUGGGGGGGGGCGUGGGAUGAAGGAAAAUUCGAAGAAAUUCAAAAAAAUUCUCUCAAGAGAAGCACUGUUAAUUUGCUGCAGCCAGGGGAGUUGUUGAUUCUAUGAUGCCACUAUUGUGACCUGAUUAAUAUGCUAUAUGCUGUUAUCACUUGCUGGGCCAGGUUUCAACAUGCGUGUUCCAGAGGCGCUUGGCUUCAGCCCGCCAACCGCUAACCAGAACGGAUUAUGGUCUCUUAGAAUGGCUAAUACGGAUGCUACAGCAUCUUUCCAGGUUCUGCUACCAGCCAAUGGCUUGUGUGGCAUCCUAGUUAUAGUUGGUGUGAUAUGGAUUCCGCCUUCAUACGUUGACGCAGGUGCCAAACCCCCGGCCGCAUAAACACCGCGCUUGAAUUCCUCUACUCCUUGUUAUAUUCUGCAGCAGCACAAGCCCGUCUAAGCAACCAUCAGAUCGUAGCUUCAGGCUUUUGGCAGCAACUACGAGCUAUCUGGCCCCAUCACACCACAUUAACGACGAGCAUUACCACCCCUUGGUGAUGGCAUAAAGCUAGCUUCGAUCGGCGAAAACUGCGGCCUCAGGAGAGAACUCCUGUUUCUACAACAACCUAAAGAAAGACAAGCCUAUCCGGGUAAACUAGAACGCAUUGAAAUGUCCUGCU